AUGGCAACACCGGUUCCAGAAUAUGAAAAAACGUUCUGGAAAUUUGAAGAAAUUUUAGAUAAUUUGGAGAUGACAGUCACUUCUUGGUUUACAACUCCAUUGGUACUUUUAAUAGUUCGGUCGAUAUUUUUGAUUUAUAGUUUGAUUACUUUGGCUUUAUCUAUAUAUGAUGAACUUCAAAGAGGUCGAUUACCUAUGUAUCUGACGUGCUUUACGAAUCUAGGAUUUAUUGGGCUAACAGCGUAUUUUACGAUGGCAGUUAUUCAUUCUUUGACCUUUGUGGUAUGUAAUGAGCCAAAAUCGCUUUCGACUCAACCACGAUUGUUGACAAUUGCUUUUUGGAUAUUAUACCAUACUAUUAUAGUAUACCACAUUUUAAUACCAAUUGUUUAUUGGGCAAUUCUUGUUCCAUCUCAUACUGAAGAAUCACCACUUUUAGCAUUUCACGAAAUUUCAAUGCACGGUGUUAAUUUUUUUAUGAUGAUUGUUGAAGUGGCGUUGAAUAGAAUACCUUUAGUUGCAUCGCAUUUGAUUUUCGUCUUAACAAUUUUGAUUCUUUAUAUAUUUGAGACAUGGAUGAACAAUGCAAUAAAUAGUGAACCAUCAUAUAUCCUUGUUGUUGCAGAUUGGCGAGAAAUACCAAAAGGGAUGACAAUAAUACUCCCUUAUCUUGUAAUGAUAGGAAUCGCAAUUGGUGCAUUCUUAAUACAAGCAUUGAUACAUACAUUUCGUGACGCAAUUGGACGAAGGAUAUGGCGAAAGCAUUUGAUGCAGGAAAUGGAAACGGUUCCAAGAAUUGACGAGAAUCGACAGGGUAUUGCUAUUAGCAAUAGAAAAAUUGUGAGGACAUCUGCUAAUAUUGAUUUUAAUGACAUUGAAAUGCAAGCGAGAUGA